AAAACACCCUCCUCCCUGCUCCUCGGAUCCAAAGGCGCCAUGGUAUUCAAACCUUUCAAGUCGCCUUUGAUCCGCAAGCCCCUUCCCUCCGCUCCCGCGACUACUCCCGAUGUUGUCGCUACAGAUCCUACUCCCAAAGCCGACGCCACAGCAACCACAGACCCCACGGGGGAACCGCCGACGAAAAAGCCGCGCCUCCAUCUGGAUCCUGCGGUAACGGGGAUCGAGAACCGGGGACUUCUCCCAAGUGCCUCGACCGGAUCACAACAGCCGAAGAAGCGAGGGACAUUGUUGUGCUUGGCGCGGGAGCGGUCUGCUUCGUCUACAACUUCCUCCCUGUCGUCUCGGGGGUCGGAGAAUGAUACAUCCAAGGUGAAGGGGGCGAGGGAAGAAGGCGCGCGGGCCGGGGCCGGGAGGGGUAGUGAGGACGGAAAGGCGACGACGGGCGAGGUCCGAGAGAGGUAUUUUAAUGUUUUGUGGCGCAAAGUCACGACCAAGAAAAACAAAACCUGGGAUGGGGAUGGGAUCAUCAAGGUCCGGGAUGGGUAUGCGUAUAUGUUCGAUCAUGCCUCCGGGAAGGAUAUGGGGCGCGGGAUGGUAUCGCAGACCCGGUCGUUGGAGGCAGGCGUGAUGUUGUCGGUUGCGGGGAAGGAGGUCGAGAUCGACUGUGAGGUCUCUAGGGGAGAGUAUCUGACUGGGAGGGGUCUGUCAGGUGCUGAGGAGAAGGAACCGGCUGUCAAUACUAAUGCUGCUGUUACGAAACCUCCGGCUACAGCAGCGGCUGGGAAGGCUUCCGUGUCGGUUCGGAGCGCGGGCCUCAACACCAAGGGGGAGAUGGGCAAGGAGGAUGAGUCUUCCAAACCGAGUCCCAUCCGGAUCGCGAACCCGGCGUCUAGGAAGGGUGGCAUCUCUGGAGCGUACAAGAGGCCACUGCUGGAUUCCGCGAUGGUACCACAGACUUCCGCCUCAACAGAGAUGCCAGUGCCCCGGCAUGACCCUGCGCAGCCGGGAGCGUUGGUCAUGAAACGCCCGGAUUCGGUGCCCAACGGCAAGAGAGUCGUUGAUGUGGUCGUCGAUCCGAUCCUGGCGAAACAUCUUCGGCCGCAUCAACGCGAGGGAGUCCAGUUUCUCUACGAGUGUGUCAUGGGGAUGCGCUCGUUCAAUGGCGAAGGCGCGAUUCUAGCGGACGACAUGGGCCUUGGCAAAACGUUGCAGACCAUCGCCCUCUUGUGGACGCUGCUGAAGCAGAACCCCGUCUAUGGGGAUUCCCCAGUUGUAAAGAAGGCGCUCAUCGUCUGUCCGGUGACGCUGAUCAGUAACUGGCGCAAGGAGUUUCGCAAGUGGCUCGGCAAUGAACGCAUCGGGGUGUUCGUUUUUGACGACAAGCGCAAGCGGCUGACGGAUUUUACUAAGGGCAAGGCGUACAGUGUCAUGAUAGUGGGUUACGAGAAGCUGAGGACGGUGCAGGAGGGACUGGCCAGAGGCAGUGGCGUCGAUAUCAUCAUCGCCGAUGAAGGACAUCGCCUGAAGACCCUCCAGAAUAAGAGCGGACAGGCCAUUCAGUCCUUGAAUGCCACCAAGCGAGUCAUCCUAUCUGGAACCCCGAUCCAGAACGAUCUCAAGGAGUUCUUCGCCGCCGUCGAUCUCGUCAACCCGGGCGUCUUGGGCACUUUCAAGGCCUUCAUCAAGGAGUUUGAAAUCCCCAUCGUCAAGAGCAGACAACCCGAAGCCACCGAGGAAGAUAUCGAGAAGGGCGAAGCCCGCAAUGAGGAGCUCCGCGAGCUCACCUCCAAGUUCAUGCUGCGCCGCACGGCCGACAUUCUGGCCAAAUACCUCCCGCCCAAGUCCGAGUACGUCCUCUUCUGCAACCCGACGCGCACGCAGGCCAACAUCUACCAGAACGUGCUGGCGUCGCCCAUCUUCCAGAGCGUGAUCGGCAACUCCGAGAGCGCGCUGCAGCUCAUCACCAUCCUCAAGAAGCUCUGCAACAGCCCGUCCCUCCUCUCGCCCAAGGCCACCGACGACAAGGAGAGCUCGUCUAAUUCGACCAUCGCCGCGCUGCUCGCCUCCCUGCCUCCCAACCUCCUCCGACACUUCUCCCCGUCCUCGAGCGCUAAGAUCCGCGUCCUCGACCAGCUCCUCCACCACCUCCGCACCACGUCCCGCGCGGAGAAGAUCGUCCUCGUCUCGAACUACACCUCAACCCUCAACCUCCUCGCCACCCUCCUCUCGUCCCUCUCGCUCCCCUUCCUCCGCCUCGACGGCUCCACCCCCGCCCAGAAACGGCACGCCCUCGUCGAGGACUUCAACCGCCUCCCCCCGGACCUCUGCUUCGCGUUCCUUCUGUCCGCCAAAGCCGGCGGCACGGGGCUGAACCUCAUCGGCGCCAGCCGCCUAGUGCUCUUCGACGUCGACUGGAACCCGGCCACCGACCUCCAAGCGAUGGCGCGCAUCCACCGCGACGGCCAGAAGCGGCCGUGUCGGAUCUACCGGAUCCUGUUGAAGGGGAGUCUCGAGGAAAAGAUCUGGCAACGGCAGGUGACGAAGCUGGGUCUGGCGGACAGCGUGAUGACGACGACGGCAGCGGCGGCGACGACGACGGCAUCGGAUAGUGCCGGUGCUGCUACCUCAUCGUCAUCAAUGGCACAGUUUUCGCGCGACGAGCUCCGGGAUCUGUUCCGAUUAGACGAGGAGAGUCGAUGUCAGACGCAUGUGUUGUUGGGAUGUGAAUGCGGAGGGACUGGUCAACCGCAACAACAGCAACAACAACAAGCGUCUCUCGAGACGGCGGAUAAUGAUGAUGAGGUGGGAGGAGAAGUGGAGGAGGAGGAGGAGGAGGAGGGGGGGGACACCGUGCCCCCGUCUGACGCGGAAGCAGAAGCAGAAGAAGAUGCAGACGCAGAGGAGUUCCCCGACAUCCCCACCCUCAUCAAGGCCUCGCAGCUCGACAUGGAGAACCAUGUCCCAAACACGCGCAGGACUUCCUCCCGCCGUCAACCCCCCGCCAACCCCUCCCCACCGCCUCCCCCCCAAAGAAAACCCCCCUCCCAGAAACAGCGGAUGAAGCAGUCCCUCGCGCAGUACCGCCACAUCGACCCCUACCACCUCACCGCCCCGGCCGACGAUGACGACGCGGCGAAAUCCCUCGACGUCGUGGCCAUGGAAUCCGUCAUCGACGAUGAGGUCCUUGUGGCGAUGCUGCGGGACGAGGGGAACCGAGUGGGGUAUAUCUUCAAGAAGUCGAGCGGUAGCUCGGGAGUUUAGAAGGCCAGGGUAUAGAUCCCCGUAUCCCGUCCGCAGAAGAAGGGGCCCGUCUCGAUCUAAAGAUCCAUGGGACCCUAGGCUUUUGCCGUCUCUGUUCGGGGGUUUUAAAUCCCGAUGGUAUAAUUAAUCGAUAUGAGGCUACGAAAAUGGAACCGGGGACUUUUUGGAAGGGUAUUGGGG